CUCGCAGUCACCGUGAAGGAAAAGCUGUCAAUGGAGCAGUGACGUAGAGAUCUAACACUCACGACAGAGAAAUAAUAAAAAUACAGAGUGGAUUUUGGCGGAGACUAACUAGUUCAAGAAAGAUUGAAGGAAGAUGAAAAACUCCGUUUCAGAUCGCAGUUUCUACAUUGAGAGCGACGACGAAGAUGAGGAGAAGGAUUUGAACAAUGUAGAUCAAGGAAACGAUUCAGACGAUUCGCAUGAAUGGAAUGAUCACGACGCAAUGAGAAAACCCAGUUCCUACAGCAUGGCAUGGCCUCAAAGUUACAGGCAAUCCAUUGAUCUGUUAGGCAGUGUACCAUCACCAAAUAUUGGAUUUUUGGGUACUACCUCCCUAUCAAGAUUAGGAAGUUCUUUUAUUGUUCCACCUUUGAUAAAGAGGCACCCCCCAGUUCCAGAUACAAUUCCGUCAGCAAAGAAACCUCUGCUACAACCAACAGACAUUGAUGAUCAGCGGCGUAGCUCCCAUAUCCUGCAUCCUCCCCAUCUGUUGAGGGGUUCUACUAGGAAUGUGAUUUCCAAGGUUGCUCAUGAUCAUGAAGUUCAUUUUUCUGGCCAAUGCACUUUUGGUCAAGCUGUGCUUAAUGGCAUAAAUGCUCUUUGUGGUGUUGGAAUCCUUUCUACCCCUUAUGCCCUCAAAGAAGGUGGAUGGGUUGCGCUUUCAGUCUUGUUUAUAUUUUCAGCUUUCAGCUUCUAUACUGGGUUGCUAUUACGUCACUGCUUGGAUAGUGAACCUGGGCUUGAGACAUACCCUGACAUUGGCCAAGCAGCUUUUGGUACUAGUGGACGCAUUUUCAUUUCUGUAAUAUUAUACUCGGAAUUAUAUGCUUGUUGCAUAGAAUAUAUAAUUUUGGAGAGCGAUAACUUAUCUUCAUUGUUUCCAAAUGCGCACCUAAGUUUAGGUGGACUUGAAUUGAACCCUCAUGUUCUAUUUGCAAUUCUGACCACUUUGGCUAUUCUUCCUACUGUUUAUCUUCGUGAUUUGCGCAUUCUGAGUUACCUCUCAGCAUGUGGUGUUCUUGCAACAACUUUGGUGGUUCUCUGCUUGUUUUGGGUUGGCUUAAUAGACAAUGUUGGCAUUCACAGCAAAGGAACUACAAUCAAUCUUGCAACUUUUCCUGUUGCUAUGGGUCUCUAUGGUUACUGCUACUCAGGACAUGCUGUGUUCCCAAACUUGUAUACAGCCAUGGCAAACAGAAAUCAAUUCCCUGCAGUGCUUUUAGUAUGUUUUGCACUCUGUACAGUUAUGUAUGCUGCAGUAGCUAUUAUGGGAUACACAAUGUUUGGAGAAUAUACAUUGUCUCAGUACACUCUUAACAUGCCUCAAGGCUUAGUGGCCACCAAACUUGCUGUGUGGACAACGGUGGUGAAUCCAUUUACCAAAUAUGCAUUGAGUUUGACUCCAGUGGCAAAGUGUCUAGAGGAGCUGAUACCAUUAAACGACCCCAAGUUUAACUUAUAUUCAAUCUUCAUCCGAACAAUGUUAGUGGUUUCUACACUGCUUGUUGGUCUUUCUGUUCCCUUUUUUGGUUUGGUAAUGUCAUUGAUUGGAUCUUUACUCACAAUGUUUGUUUCCUUGAUUCUUCCCUCUGCUUGUUUCCUAAAGAUUAAAUGGGGCAAAAUCUCUCAAAUUCAGGUAGCACUUUGUGUUACAGUUAUGAUAGUAGCUGUUGUAUCCUCCGCUUUUGGAUCAUAUUCAGCAAUCUCAGAGAUUAUUGAACAGUUGUUUGGAUAAAAUUUUUGCACCUUAAUCAUGGACUGAGUUGUUUCUUGUCUUAUGUUCGACAAAAUCCUACUAUUUUAUAUUUGGUUUUAUUUCUCAUGGCCAUUUUUGAUCUAUUAUUAUUGUUUGAAGCCAUUGUAUAAGGAUGUGUUUCAUCUUUUUAAGAGCGAUUUUAUGGCCAAGAGCCCAAGACUGUAUCUAAUAAAAUCACAUGGGGUGGGGGCGGCGGCCAAAGUUUUGGA